AUGGCGGACGCUCACGUGGACCAUGUUAGGGAGCACUACAACAAGCACACGAAGACACAGACCAGGGAGGAGGCCCUCAAGGCCCGCGAGGAAGGCGUUGCGGUCCCUCUCAAGCGCUUCCACAACUCGAUCAAGCGAGCCCUGAUCAACCGGUUCGCGAGCAACGCGAACCGCGUCAUCGACCUCGCGUGCGGCAGAGGCGGCGACAUCCGGAAGUGGUUCGACGCCAACAUCCGAUACGUCAAGGGCAUCGACUUGUCCCCCGCGGAGAUCGGGGAGGCCAAGUUGCGGUAUCGGCAGAUAAAGGACGAACGGUACCAGGACCACCCGCUGACGUGCGAGUUCGAGUGCACGGACCAGCUGGGGACCUCGGAGCUCGACCUGGCCAAGGACGGCGAGUUCGACGCGGUCACGUGCAUGUUUGCCAUCCACUAUUUCUUCUACUCGGAACAGACCCUGAAAAUGUUCUUCCGGAACGCGUCCAAGGCGCUGAAGAACCGCGGGUUCUUCGUCGCGACGUGCCCCGACGGCAAGAGGGUUAUGGCGGAGCUGGGGUUGCAGGCGGAGGUGCGCAAGCCGCUGCUCCACUUGCAACGCAAGUGGGAGGACCCCAAAAAGCCGCAGCCCUUCGGGUCGGCGUACACGAUGCACGUCCAGGACACCGUCGUCGAGGCGCACGAGGGGUUCAGCGAGGGCAGCCUGGAGUACCUGGUGUUCCGGAACGUCCUCGCGGGCGUGGCGGCGCAGUUUGAUUUGUUUCCCAUGAACGACUUCUGGGGCAAGGACCUCCGCGGGUACUUCGAGGAGGAUUCGGGGUUCGUGCGGCACUUCAAGCCGAGCUUCCCUGGGAGCGACAAGUCGCUGGAGGAGGCCUCGCGGCUCAACCAGGCGAUUGUGUUGCAGAAACGGGAGAAGCCCAAUGCGCGGCACUUUCGGUUGAUGGAGGCGUACACGCAGGCGAUCGAGGAGUUCAAGCUGACGCACGACGGUGGGGGGGACGCAGUCGCGGGGGUGGGGCCGAGCAGGAAGCGGGAGGACGAGGGCGCGGGGGAAGGGCCGAGCAAAAAGAGGCAGCGACCAAAGUGA